UUGACUGAUAAUUUCAUUUUCUCAUUGUGUGUGCAUCAUUGGAUUGCAUUGCUAUUGCGUGUGUGUAUUUGUGUGUACACGCAGAGACCCUCCUCCCAAUCAGAAUGGCCCUGCGCUCCCCCCUCCCCUCUCCCACUCUCUUCUCCCUCCAUAUGUGCGAGGAAGAUGGUUGCAGCCAGCGUGGGCCUGUUUUUAAUGUCGCACAUCCUGCCGUAAUCGCACCAGGAGCAAGAGGAGGAGAACAAUCCCUCCAUUCAGUUCCUGUUUUUGGAGGAAGAGACCUGGAAUCAGCCAGAGCAGAGAGAAGCGAGUUUCUUCUUGCCGCCGCUGUGUCCAGCAUGCAGCAUCACUCGUCUGAGGUGUCCCGUCUGUAUCAGACCGAGUUCAUCCGGAGCGCGCGGGCGGUGGGCGUGCUGUGGGCCAUCUGUACGCUCUGCUUCGCUAUCAUCGAGGUGGUCAUCCUCAUCCAGCCGUCCUGGGUGGGCACUCGCGAGCUGCACUACCGCGGAGGAGGACCGGCCCCCCCGAGCGGGACGCUGGGCCUCUUUGAGGUCUGCGUGGAGACCGAUUGGCCCGUCCCAGAAUGCCGUGGGUCUCUUCACACCCUGACCCCACUCCCUGCCUUCCAGUCUCCCGCUGUGCUGGUGUGCAUGUCUCUCACCAUGGUGUGGGCCAGCGUGGGCUGCCUGUGUCUGUUCCGCUUCUGCAACACAGCAACGGUCUAUAAGAUAUGUGCUUGGCUGCAGCUCACAGCAGGCUUCUGUUUGGUCCUGGCGUGUGUGUUGUUCCCAGACUCCUGGGCGUGUGCUGAGAUGCGGGCGCUGUGCGGGGAGCGUGUGAGUAGUUUCUCCCCAGGGAACUGCUCCGUUCACUGGGCGUACAUACUGGCCAUGCUGGGGGUCCUGGAUGCCGGCAUACUUUCCACGCUGGCUUUUGUAUUAGGGAACCGCCAAGAUGCCCUGCUGCCAGAAAAUGCCAAGGAUGGUGAUGUGACGGGCUUGUUACUGGCAGCAUGAAAGAGGCCUGAGCUGUUCUCAACAGCCAGAAACUGCUGGUAAGACUGGAAUCUAGGUUAUGUUUUUAAUUGGCACU